AUGGGUAAAGGUUUUAAUAAUUAUAUGUGUAAGAAAUUUUUUCACCCUGCGUCAAGAGAUAAUUUGAAAAGGGUAUGGAUGGCAGAGCAGAAAACUGAGGCCUACAAAAAAAAACAAGAGGAGUUGAGAAUUCAGUACGAAAAGGAACAAGAACUACAUGAAAACAAAGCUUUGCUGAGCAAAGAUAGUAAGGAUAAACUCAGCUUGAAUUUUAUGUAUGAACCGCCCCCGGGCGUUAAGAAAGAAAGGGAACGUGAAGAUAAUGAACCGGAAUAUAAAUUUGAAUGGCAACGCAAGUACAACGCACCCAGAGAAAGCUAUUGUAAAGGGGACAAUGAAAUACGUGACCAGCCCUUUGGUAUACUGGUGCGUAAUGUCAGGUGUAUUAAAUGCCACAAAUGGGGCCAUAUCAAUACAGAUAAAGAGUGUUCAAUGUACUCCUUGUCAAUGGGCGAGGCUCGUGCUCUGCAAGCUUCUACCUCAGCUCCUGAGGAGCAAGAGGAAAAACCUGAUGUUCCUACACUAUGCAGCAGAUGAGAGAUACUGGAUUGGUUAUGAAACCUGGAGCUCUACCACUGUCUGCUACAAGGAUUGAAGAUAAUGAUUCUAACAGCCUCACUGAACAGGAUCUUAUCAGUCAACUGACUAGAAAACAGAAAAAGAAGUUGCUUAAAAAGCUCGAGAAAAUGGAAAAAAAGAAAAAGAAGAAGCAAAAGAAGUCCAAGCAUUAA